CAGACGCCAACUUCCACCCCCAGCGCACGCCUUUUUGCACGUCGCAUACACACAAGACGAGUUCCCGGCUCACUGCAGCACACCGCGUCUGCGCGAUCGCACCGGCAAAUCAUUGCGCCUUCCGCACACCCCCCGCGAGCGCUAGCUUCCGAGCCCUGUGCGACGCCGGAAUCGCAUCCACCACACCACCACUAUUCCCAUCGCUGCUCCAUUGCUUCCCCAUCAGCGCCGCGGUCCGCGCCCAGCUCGUCUGGUGAUGGUUCCAGCGCGCUCAGGGCCUCGCUGAGAGGUCUCUUGAUCCUUUCUUUCUCCGCCGGCGCCGCUUGAUAGUGGACGUCUUUCUACGCCUCACGGCAGCCAGCCCAACAUUAAAUGGCGCCCUCCAACAUGUUCUCCUACCUCCGCCCCGGCCACGCAAAGCGCAAUGCCUCAAGCCUCGUCUCGCCCGACCCCGUCUCUAGCCCUCCUCCCGCCCAUCCGCUGUCCAGCCCUGAGCUGUCCACCGAAUACCUCACGUCGCCGCGCUUAGGGUAUUACCCUGACAAUGCGAGUUACACGUCUAGCUCGCCAGUGUCGCCCUUCCCGCCGCAGCUGCCGCCCAUUCCUCGCGUCGCUUCCAAGCUGGACAAGUCGGGACGGAGCUCGCUGCUCAGUCCAGAGUAUGCCGAGGGUGCCCAGAUGGGCUGGGAUCGAGGAACGCGGUCGCCGCCGCAUUCUGGACAGAAUCAGCUGUCGCCGGGCUAUGAGAAUAUGCGCCCUCCGUCGAGAUCAAGAGCAGCGAGCCCGCCGACGGGCAAGAGACCACAGGGACAGAGUCUGGCGCAGGUGGUGGAGCAGGCAGUCCACGCAGAGGCUCAGGCAACGCAGUCGUCGACGCAUCUGGCACCUUCAAUCAUUUCGCCAGACUACUCCAUCAAUUCCAGAUCGCAGACAUCGCUCAUGAGUGGCCUGAGCGAGAAGCUCUCCAGCACUUCCAAACCCCCCACACCGACAGGCCAGCCACACAAGCAUGGAAAGUCUAGAUUGAACCUGCGCAACCCCAUGUCUCUCUUGAUGCGCCGGCGAUCCGGACAGACGCUAGACCCCCUCUCCGACGAGUCCCUAGUCACCCAUCGUUCACCCUCCAUCGUUCCGCCUAUUCCCGAUAAUUACGACCCCAGCAUACGCGGCCGCAUCGUGCACGAUUUCAGCGCUCCUAGACCGAAUAGAAAUUUCUCACAUAGUAAUGCCUACGCGAAUGAAGAACAACGACGAGCUAGCGCGAGUCCUCCAAAAGUUGAACGAGAACACACACCAGUCUUUCGAGAACAUUUUGACGACGACACGAGUUAUGAACAGAACCAGGCCGCUAUCAGAGCAGAGCAGCUGGCCAACAAGGGUUUUCUGGCACGGAAUUCGUACGUGCCUCCUCCUCCGCCUGCGAGGUCACCUCCGCCGCCUCCGCCGCUGCCGAAAGAUUCCCCUCCCGUACCUCCUCCUCAGCCUUCGGUUCCGCCUCCUCCCCCGCCAGAGUCGGUCCAGCAGUUCGAGUCAUCCGUCCUAUCACCAGUGCAAGAAGCGCCCAGCCCUACGGAUCCACCAGCCCAAUUGACGCCGAGGAAGAAAAAGUCCACAAAGACUCCGCCAUCGUCUCGAUCAAGAGCUACUUCUGUCACGGAUCCUGCCUUCUCGCCUGCGGGGCUGCCGGCACAUCUGACUAGCAGAUCUUCCAGGUUCAGCUUUCAGAUUGCGGGCAGUGACUCUGCGCAGGAAAAGAUACUGGAGGAAAGGCACAAGCAGAAGAUGGCUGAGAAAGCUCAGCAACAAGGCCGCAUGUCCACCAAUACAAUCGAAGACGAGUAUGACGAGUAUGGCCUGGAUGAUUUCGACAUGGAUGGUGGCUACGAAGAAGAGAUUCCCAUGUUGGGUGAGGAAGACGAGUAUUCUGGGCUUGGUAAUCAGACAAUGACCCCAGGCAUGGCCGCCUUCGACUUCUCGUCAUUGUCAAUCCAACCUGGCAACAUUAACCCCAUGAGUCCGAUAAGCAUGAACGGAGAGAUGCAGACGCCGCUCGACGCGAACGGCAACCCCAUCGGUUUCGCCAUGUCGGAAGACAUGCUCCAAAAGGUCCACCUACCUGCACCAGGACGACAUGUGAGCGGAACCCAGGCUCCCAUGACUGACUUGCGUGGACUGGGCUUGAUGAACCUUCAACAAGGCCCAGUUGAUCCGACCUUCACCCCGGCCGAGACUCCCGAGGAUAGCAAGGCCAGUGUCGCCGAUGAACGGGCUAGCAUGACCUUUGACCUCGGCGAUGAUUUGUACUUUGACGAUGGCAUGAUUGAGGAGCAGGGAGACGUGGAUGCGGUCGAAUUCGACGAAAACGUCUUCGAUGAUCCCGACGGCCCAUUAUUCGAGCGCAAGCUCAGGUCUCCGCCCGUAGAGGAGCUCCGCAGCGCGCUCUCCUCGCAUCCGCCCGAGAUACCCUCGGAGACUGGAUACGAGGCCGACGACGACACUCUGACGAAAUCAUUCGAAAAGUCCGAGCCCGCAUUAGUCCAUGCGACGUCAAGAGCCCGGCAAAAGCCUCUUCCAGAUUUUAACAAUAUCGAUGCCUACCAUAGCGCCCUGGCUGACGCUGCCAACCGCGCAGAAGCUCAAGGUCGCUUCAUCCGAAAAGCAAGUGUCGACGUUGGUCGCUCCAGCUCUGAUGCAGACGAUUCGUCCUCAAUCAGCAACUCCCGCCCGAGCCUUGUUCCAGAUGACGGUCGCUUCAGCCAAGAAACGACCGCGUUCCCUCCGGAUGACGACGGCUUUGGCAUGGACUCAAGCUUCAUGGAUGACUAUGAUUAUAGCGACUAUGACUCUGCCAUGGAAGAUGACCCAAUGAUCGCUGCCGCCAAUGCAGAGGCCUUGGCCAACGACUAUGAAGGAGUCUAUGGUCAAGAGUUUGGCUUCUACGCGUCGGCACAGGGCGAGGCGGUCAAUGCAUACGGUGGCUUCUUUGGGGCAUCCAACUUGGGUAGAAGCGUCAGUGGGCGCAAUGCUGUCCGCGAGCCCAAUCUCACGCCCAUCACCGAGCGCAGCGAGUACAGCACCCGCAACUCAUUCAUCAGCCUCAAUCACUUCCGCGACAGCCAGCAGCCCCUCGCGAGUCCGGGUCUUGCUCAACUUGCUCGGAUUAGUCCGUAUGGGUGGCGUGACGACGAGGAUAUGAGCAUGGACUCGUUGAUGAAGCUGAGAAAGGGCGCUUUUGGCAGCACAGCUAGCCUCCCCGGCAGUUCGUCGAAUAGCCCCCGGAACUCGUCGCCCGCGGGCAUGCAAUUCAUUCCGCGGACGGCAAGUCCUGCUGGGAACCGCAUGCAUGAGCAGAAUGGAAGCUCUUUUGAGAGCGAUGAGUCGGUUCCCGUCACGGAUGUGCUCGACGACACCGAUGAAGACGAUGAAGGGAUGAUGGAUGCCGUUAAUGCGGUCCCUAAUGACUAUGAAGAGGAGGAGGAGUAUGACGACAGCGAUGAGCGGCCAGAUAGCCCGACGCUGACUGCGAGCGAUUACAACGCACUCUCCAGCCCGACGAGCCAUCUCCAGACCAAGGACAUCCCGCCGAUGCCGCAGAUGCCUCCGCACUCUCCGCCAGCAGUUCCCAUGCAUCCCUCCUCGCGGAUACCCGUUCACAUACCAACCGGCAUGCCCCUUCAAUCUCCAUCUACCAUUCCUCUCCCCAUGUCCCCGCCCCCUCUUACCCUGCACACAACUUUCCAUCCACCGCACCCCGCCGCGCCAGCCACCGGCUCUCCCGCGCUCUCUUCGCCCAUGCCUCCUUCCGCCACAGCGACCGAUUCGACCGCGCCCCACCGCAAAUCACUGGGUCUCAUCUCGCCCAUCUCCACGACGAGCCCCGUCACGCCCGGUGGCAGUGGCGGGUGGAAAGCGGGGCAUAGCCGGAAGGGCAGCGCGGCGGAUAGCGUGGCGUAUGUGCGCGAGCACGACGAGUGUGGCAGUGAGCGGUGGGUGUUGGAGCGCAGACGCACGGCGGAGAGUGGAGAGCUGGAAUUGGUGGGGCGCGAGAUUGUGGAGGGUGGCCGCAUCUGAGAGGUCAAUCCGCGUUUUGGUUCGGACUUUGAUUCUGAUGGCUUGGGCCCUUUUUGGGGUUUGGAUUGUUGGGGGCUGGGUGUUUGGGGGUUUGCAGCAUUUCCGUGGCGUUUUUCUUUUCCCUUUCUUGCUGAGCGAUUGGGAUUGGGAUUGGGGUUGGGAAGGAUAUGGAUAUCAUGGGUGGUAGGUUUGCGUGGUCUAUGGUCAAUCCGGCAUUCGGAUAUUGAUACGGGAUACAGACAGAUUUAGCAUAGCGACAUUGAAGCGAAAGCGGGCCUUUUUCCAAUGGCAGAAUGUGGG